GAAAUUGGAAAAUAAUGGAAGUUAAAGAUAAAUCUUAUCUUUCAUUCCACCCCCACAGACAAUUCACGGACGGAAGUUUUAAUCUAAGUGUCUGACUGUCAGAGUACUCGAUUCAGUUUUAAUUAUGUCGUUCAGAAUGCAAUUUAUGAAGUGCACAUUGUGUGUGAUUUUAUACAUUGCUAUAUGUUUUCUUUUGUUGAAGACUAAGCACAGUUUUUAUUGUAUGGUAUUUUCAAAUUCAGUCUCUUUUAUUAAUCAGUCAGAUAAAAAGUACUUAGCUGCGCAACAAACAAUUACAAAACCGACUAACUUUGAGAUAGAAUCUUCAAAAUAUGAUAAAAUGAAUGGCCAAUCAAUUAAUUUACAGGAAAGUAUAUCGAUACUGAAACAAAUUUCAAGUACAUGCGAGAAAUAUAAUUUAAAAACUCCAUUAAUAAGAAGACAUUUUCUGUACAACUCUGAGAGAAAAUCCAUAUAUUGUUGGAUACGUAAAGUUGGUUCGACGAGUUUCACAAAAUUGUUUUCUGAUAUGAAACAUCGUCGAAUUAUACACAAUUACUACAGGGAAGUUGAUAUUCUAGCGCCAAAAUCUUUGAAGGAACUACACCAUAUCGCGAAAGACCCGAAAAUAUUUAAAUUUCUAAUUGUGCGGCAUCCCUUUGAAAGGCUUGUGUCGUCGUAUAGAGAUCGCAUAGAAGAUAAUUCAAAGCAUACAGCACAAGCUUGGAUAUAUGCUAAACAAAUUUUUCAUCUUACAAGGCCCACGCUUUUCCGUUCCAAUAAAACUACUGGUAAUUUUCAAGAAAAAGUAUUUACGCGUGAUAAAAGAUUAAAGCUGAUACCAACUUUUAAAGAAUUUUUGUUGUGGCUACUUCAAAGUUCGGAGCAAGACGAUGUUCAUUGGAAUCGUUAUUAUACACACUGUGGCGUGUGCAACAUACGAUAUAAUUAUGUUUUAAAGUUAGACGAUUAUACGUCCGGACAAAUUAAUUAUAUUUUUUCAAAACUAGGACUGGAUACGAAUAAGGUAUAUUUACCAAAACUGGAAGGAACGCGUGGAGGAUAUACUAAUUUUGAUACUACAUGUAAAUAUUUCGCAAAUUUGACGCAAGGUAUAAUUUUUAAAUUGUACGAAAGAUAUAAGAUUGACUUUGAAAUGUACAAUUAUAAUUUGAAUCGGUAUAUAUUUUGUACAAAUUUAUAG